AUCAUAUGUGGCAUGAAACUAAGCUUUUGCCGACUCAUGAUGCGAUUUUCAGAGGUAAAAACGUCAAAUUAAGAGUUAGUAGGUGCAGUACACUUUGGUACACUGGAAUAUUCGGUUGACCAAUUUGGCGAAUAAAAUAAAGUGACCAUUUUCUCAUGGUAGUUUAGUUUAGUUCGAUUUUAGUACUGAAGAAUACUUGUUGCGCCGCAUUUGCUGCGGUUAAAAAGCUGAAAUGUUUUGUGGAUUACUCUGCUACGGUAUAGUUGCGGGGGUCUUGUAUGGAGUAUACCUUUACCUCCAGAAACUUUGGAUGCAGAAGAAAUUGGAUCGUUUUACCAAGGAGAAAUGUCCCAAGGACAAAGUGAUUCUUCAUGGAACGAAACGAGGCGCUACGGUCCCCUCAGCUUCACCAUUUGUGCUAAAAUUAGAGACAUUUUUGCGAAUGGCAAAAAUUGAUUAUGAGUACGAUGGUGACCGUAAAAACACUUUCGGCCCGAAAGGCAAAACCCCCUGGAUCACUCUAAACGGGGAACACAUUGCCGACUCCCAGCUUUGCAUCCAAUUUUUGACAAAGAAAUUCAACAAGGAGAUAAAAAACAAUUAUAGUGAAAAAGAACAGGCCAUCGCAAGUAUGACAAAAGUCCUUUUGGAAGAUCGUGUUUUCUGGGAGCUCGUUAUGUGGGGAUUUGUGUGGGGCGGAGAAGGUCACCAAGCGAUUCAAAGGGUGCUGAAGGUACCCUGGUAUGCUGUGAAAUUAGUGGGAUACCAUUACAAGAGGGUGACCUGGGCUCAAGGGAUAGGCAGACAUACGAAAGAAGACAUCGAAGCUUUUACUCAUGCUGAUAUGAAAACCAUUGCCACUAUUUUGGGGGACAAUAAGUUCCUCCUUGGUGACGAACCCUGCCUUGAAGACUGUGCUCUCUUUGGAUUUAUUGCACAAUUAUUUUGGGGAUUUCUAUCCUCAUCUCCUUACAUAAAAGUUGUCAAAGAAAAGUAUCCCAACAUCGAAGCCUAUGCUAAUCGAAUGAAGGAUCGUUACUUUCCAGACUGGGAUAAACUUCUUGCAAACAAGAAAAGUUCAUAGAGUUCUACAUACACAGAAAUCUUAGGAAAUGUAAAAUAAAAUGUAAAAUGAAAUGAAAAUGUACGAUUAUCGGGUUUA